CACAACUCUUCGGCUCAGUAUCUACCGCUCGAUGCUGGCUUGCAGUCCACGUCGCAGAUCAACUGCAGUGCUGCGUCCACCUCCGCUCUCACUACAACUCGUCCAGGCUCUGACGUGUCUUGUUUCAACAAUAUCAGCAGCAUUCUCGUCAUUCCACGGGAGAAUACCGGUAACGGCAGUGUAUCAAAUGCAAAAAUGUCUGAGUCUGGAAACUUGUAGUGCUGCGUUGGGAAUAGUGAAUGCUCUGUAAUGCACAGCCAAGCAUGCGAAAUGUCUGCGCGGCUUCUUUGUGUUGCGUUUUUCGCAUGACAAGCUGCGUUUUUGCAUGACAGGCAAAAGGGUCUCUUCUUGGACACGCAUCACAAACUUUUUGGUCAUGCCAGACAAGCAUGACAAAUCUCGCAAUGUUCCAGACCCACACUCUUUUGCAUUGGAUACAGUGCCUCCUUUCACGACACCUGUGGUGGCGGAACCAGCCGCACGUCUCAUACCUCUCCGUGCUCGGGGUCCCCGAACUUCUCUGGAGCUGGUGGCGACUCUGUGGCGAUUAACUCCACGAUCUCCGCGGAGGCAGCAGCCCUUACCCGUCGUUGCCGCGGGCGGCGACCGGCGGCCUUGACGCAUGAAGGAUCCUUGUCGUACUUCACUCGAGGCUAUGAAAGCCUCAGGUUGGAAAUCCUCAAAGUGAAAAUAAUUUGUAAUGCAAAAAAACGACUCCAGUUGGAGCACCAUUUCUAGUCGGCGCAUGACAAAUUUCCCGGGCACUCAAAACGUGUCUGUCAUGCUAGUUAGGCAAAGGGGUGCCCUUCUCUCAUGCUAAUCAGCAGCCCAAUUCUGAACCCGUAGAAGUACUAUAGUCGGCCUCCAUUGCGCUCUCUGCAAUACAGUCUUUUUGGUGUCGCAGUUCAUGCAUCACAAAUCAUUUCCACUUUGAGGAUUUCCAUUCUGAGGGUGUCAUAAAGGCCGUAGCGACGAAGAGCUGCACGAGGAGGACGUACGAAUGGAUCUGAUUCACACGGCUCCGGAUGGAAUUAUAUCCCCUGAAAAUCAUUAUAACCAUCCCCAUCUACUUUCUGCAUGACAAAAGUCGACUUUGCUCCAUGUCUCGCAUGACAAGCUGGAUGGGGAUGAUUAGUUUUCAAGGAAUAUCGAAGGGCACGGACGACCAGGAGAAUGUCCUCGCAUCGUCUUGGUCGUUACGCUUUUAUACAGAUUUUCGCUUUCCAUACCCGCAGACGUACAAAUCAUUCUUGCAUCUCCAAUUCAUUCGCCAACGUAGAUGAUCGUGUCCCCACCUGUAACAUGCUGAGCAGGUGGAUUAGCGGAAAAGUUUGUCAUGCAGAGACCGCAUAAUUUGUACGCACCAGCGGAGGACUGUGGGAGCAAAUUUCCUAUAGCAUACUCGUCAGCUGUUGGUCAACUCCAACCGGGGGCGCUGCAAGAGUAGCUGCACGACCUUCCAUAUCCACAGAAAAAAACCCAUCCCGUUCCAUUUUUUUGCAUGCGAAGCACAGGACUUGAUACGUGUUUUGCAUGACAAAUUGGAUGUGCAGUCGGGUAUGCAUGACAAAUUGGAUGUGGAUGGGUGGUUUUUCCUGGAUGGUCCACUCGUUGUCACCGCCGAACACAACGCUGAGCCCAUCUACGGAUCGUCAGGGAAAAGACGGCCGGGGGGACAGCAUUGAGAACAUGGAGGAACUACACGGUAGCUACGGGGCGAACGCCUCUGGAGUGCCUACUUCACGAAGAAGCGACAUGAUGGGCGAGGACGGUGAGCAUUUCUACCCGCCGCCCAGGAGCAAAGUUGAGCUCGGCGGCUAUGACAGUUUGUUCCUGGAGCAGGUCGCCUUGCACCAACAGCAGGUGAGGUCCUACCUGGAAAGCACCAACCAGAUUCCCGAGAACAAGCAGAUGCACUGGCUCCCCGAGAUGCGCAUUGUGCCGGACCACACCUACGUGCAGUUUCAGAUGAGUCCGAUAUGA